GCCACCUAGAACAUGCACACGAGCGGGAUGCAUCGCUCCAUCUUCUUGGUAGACGUCCUCUGGAACGUGUUCCAUUCCUUGACUGCCACUCCAUCCUACUGGAGAUCUGCGAAAAAGGAGCUUUAUAGCUCAUCGGAUUCCUCCAGUGUAAUUAAAUAUUCUGAUUCUGAUCAUUGUUCUAGGUCACCAUACAUCAUCCCCGUGUAGCAAGCGCCCGUCAGAGUGUUGCUCUUCUCUUCAUUAACCCCCCCCCUACCGCCCUCUCUAACCAGAUGCUCUCUCCGUCUCCUGCACCUCCUCUCUAUCCCUGACACGACAAGGUUCCAGCAACGACCAUAAUCUCAACAAUAUCUCAACAACCUUCAACCACGACCAGGAUCCCAACAAGAUCUCAACAACCAUCAACCACUACCAGGUACCCAACAAUAUCUCAACAACAUUCAACCACGACCAGGAUCCUAACAAGAUCUCAACAACUUCAACCACGACCAGGUACCCAACAAGAUCCCAACAACCUUCAAUCACGACAACCUUCAACCACAACCACAACAAGAUCUGAAAAACCUUCAACCACGAUCUCAACAACGUGGCUAUCACCACCCCAGCCACAACCACGACGUCCACCAUUGUUCCAACCACAACCCCUCUAUCCGCACCACCCUAGCCGCAACCGCCAACUCAACUUAACCAAAACGACCCACGAUGGACCCUCCAUCCUCCAGUGCCGCCGCUCCCUCUUCGCCUGCCAGCAGCAACUCGAGCUGGGCGGCACCUCCUCCUCUUCCUCACUGCGCACUGGUGCAGGGCUCCUUCUCAUGCUCCGGCUCGGCGCUCAGCUCCGCGCAGAGGGCCGCGUGGUUGGCCAUGAUGAGCGUCGCCAUGGCGUCCGCCGUGCUGGGCAACCUCCUCGUGGUCGCCUCCGUGUUGCACUUCAGGCGGCUGCAGACUCGCACCAACGCAUUCACGGCGUCGCUCGCCGUCGUCGACCUCCUGGUGGGUCUCCUGGUCAUGCCCUUCAAGAUGACGCGCUCGGCCUACGGCUGCUGGUUCUACGGGAUGGCCUUCUGCGCGGCGCACACGUGCCUGGACAUCGCGCUGUGCACUGCCUCCAUCCUGCACCUCGCCUGCAUCGCCUUUGACCGCCACGUGGCCGUGUGCGACCCGCUGCGUUAUGCGCAGCGGGUCACGGCGCGCCACGUCGCCGCGAUGGUCGCUCUAUCGUGGUGCUGCGGGGCCGUCAUCUCGGUGGUGACCGUGUCGCUGGGCUGGAAUGUGGUCGGCGUGCCCGACGAGGUGGUGGCGGCCUCAUGCGCCGACAGCUGCGACUUCCUGCUGGGAGCGCCCUAUGCCGUCGGCUCUUCGGUCUGCAGCUUCUUCGGGCCCGCGGCCUUCGUGGUGGUGGCGUACGCGCGGAUCCUGCGGGAGGCGCGCCGGCAAGGGAGAGCCAUCGCCUGCGAGCAAUGGAGGCACCAGCGGCAACAGGAGAAGCAGCAGCAACAGAAUGAAGAUCAGCAGCAGGGGCGACAGGAGGAUGGGGUUGGAGAAGGAGGACGAGGAGGAGCGAGAGGAGAAAUGACGGGAAAUGGAGGAGUCGUAGGAAAAAGAUAUGAAAUUGGAGUAGGAAGAGCAGAAGGAUUAGGAACUGUAGGAAAAAUAGGAUCGGUACUCGAAGGAGGAAGACUAACAACAGCACCAGCGGGAAAAGCGACCCAGGCAGUAGGACGGGCGGCAGACGCGAAGAGCGAGCGCAACGCGACGAAGAUGCUGAGCAUCGUCGUGGGCAUCUUCCUCGCGUCGUGGCUUCCCUUCUUCCUCAUGAACGUGUCCGACCCUCUCCUCGGCUACUCCAUCGACCCACGCGCCUGGGAGGCCGUGACGUGGCUGGGAUAUGCGAACUCGGCCGCGAACCCCGUCAUCUACGGGAUCUUUAGCCCAAACUUCAGGGCCGCGUUCAGAGUCAUCGCGGCCAGGAGCGCGUUCCGGGCUGGCUCGAGAGACGUGCAGCUCGGCUUCUGAUGAUCAUGAUCAUGAUGCUGAUGGUCAUCAUGUUGGUGCUGUGGUUUUCACACCUGAUGAUGAUUGCUUGUGUUGCAGUCGAA